CCUCUGCCGGCCCGCUCACCCCGCUGCCCGCAGGUCAGCUGGGGCGGGCGGUGAGCCGCUGCCCGCAGCUCUUCACCUUACCGCGGAGGAGGAUGGCGGCAGCGGUGCGGCUGCUGCGGGAGCAGUGCCUCUUCACGGCCGAGCAGCUGAGGGAGGUGCUGGGGACCUGCCCCGCCGUGCUUCUGGAGGAGCCGCGCCGCCUCCACCAUCACUUCCAGUACGCCUACUUCAGGAUGGGGGUCCGGCAGAAGGAGAUGGUGAGGGCCCGUCUUUUCCGAACGCCCUUUGCCGAGCUGAGGAACCGGCACAUCUUCCUGGAGCGCCGGGGGCUCUACCAGACCCCGCACAAAGGCCAGACCCAAAGCAGUAACCCCAAACUGAGGGACAUCCUCCACCUCCCCGAGAAGGACUUCCUGGCCAGCCUGGCCCACGCCACCCCGGAGGAGUACGAGGUCUUCAAGAAGCUGCUGGCUCGAGAGGAGGAAGAAGAGGAGGAGGAGGAGGAGGACAGGGAUGCACUGGACACAGAGGAAGAUGAAGACUUUGAGAGUGAAGGAAGUAAAACAGCCUGGCAGUGAAGAGGAGCAGAGCUGGAGCCUGUGGAGGAGGGGAGCAUCACGCUGGCCAGCUGGUUGGGUCGUGGCUUUGCAUCGUCCUUGCUGCUCCCAGGCUGCUGCUGCAGGCCCAGCACUCUUCCCUGUGCCCAGGAGGGAGAGGGUGGUGCCGGGAGCGACAAAACUCCUGGGCCUGUUCCACUCCAAGAGCAUCUUUGAGGCUGCAGCUCAACGCUUGUGGCUGAACUAAGCACCCUGCAACGCUGGCAGGAGGGGAAGGCUGCCCCCCACAGUGCUGGGGAAAUAACACUCUAUACCAUAACUACAA